AUGCCUCCCACCGAAAGUCCAACCCCGUCGCCUGUGAGUAUGCAUAUGUUAUCAUUGGAGCUAAUCAUAUCACUGAUACAACCUCACACCGCGCAAUCUCCUAAGCAUGCCUCGCCCCUCAGGCUACAGGCGAACAGCGGUGCCCUACCACCACUGAGUAGUUUACCGUCCCCGCGGGCUGGACCACCGAGCUAUCAAGACCUGAGAUCCGCUGCGAGUGGUAAGGAAAUGGAUCGCUAG